GCAGUCAGUUCAGUUUGUUGGCGAGCGAGACGAGCUCCGUUACGUCGGGCGUGAGGCGAAGCGGUCGCAGCCUCUUCGUUCACGGGUCUCUGAUACCUUUCGCGUCGAGAACCGCCACCGUCGCUGCCGUCACCAUCAUCGUCGCCGCGGUAUUUGCGGUCGUAGUGGUAAUCGACAUCGCGAGAGUCCGCACCAGAGAGACGUCUGUGAUCAUGAAAAGUGUGUGAGUGCGUGAAAUCGGCUAGCGUGCAAGAAGGAACUUACGGAGACAUGUUCCAGACAAUGAAAAUGGUGAGCAAGUGCGCCAGCUGCAUUUCUUCCUCUUGAAUCUUGUCGCGACAUCGAUGAACGUGGGAACGACAAAUUGCGUCGAUGAAGCACCCGCGGGAUCACGAAACCGUCGUCCGCCACGUCGCACUCGCUCCUAAGACGUUCCUCUUCUGGGCGAGAACUCCCGGUGGCAGAAAUCGCACGGCAUAAUCCUCUCCUCCAGUUGUGGCAACAAUCUCAAUCACGUGAACCGAAAAACUGAAGAUCUUCAGGUCUUCCGAUGUAUAUUUUCCAUAAUUAAAUUUCGGGAAUGACUUUCCCACGCGUGCGCGAAACGUUAGUGAGACCGAUGGUGCGUAGAACCCCGAAGUGAUAGUCGAAGAAACGCGAACGACCGGUUCCAGGAAGUUACGAAAUUGGCCGUAUGUAUCGAUCGGCCGGGAUCACCCGCGAUUGUUGAAUCGAAGUCAAGGACGGUAGUGUCGCUGGAGAAGUCCACACACAGGUGGGCAAACUCGAGAUUCCCGCUUGCCUCCAAGACUUGUUCGAAGACUUGCACGUUACACGCAAACAGGAUUCAAAGUGCGGUGUCCCGGCCUCAGUGAGAUGGCCUUCAUGAUGAAAAAGAAAAAGUACAAAUUCUCUGUGGAGGUCGACCUCGAGGAGCUCACGGCGGUGCCAUUCGUCAGUGCCGUGCUUUUCGCCAAGCUGAGACUUCUGGACGGCGGUUCCUUUGUCGAUCAUUCCACCAGAGAAGAAGUGCAGGAGCACACGGUGAGAUGGAACGCGAAGUUCGAGUUUUUAUGCAAAAUGAGCGCCAACGCGUCCACGGGCGUACUCGAUCCAUGCAUUUUAAGGAUAUCUGUGAGAAAGGAAUUAAAAGGAGGCAGGUCCUUCCAGAAACUGGGCUUCACCGAUUUAAACCUGGCCGAAUUCGCAGGAGCUGGCUUCUGCCGAAGAAGAUGUCUCCUGGAGGGUUAUGAUGCGCGACAUCGUCAGGAUAAUUCUAUGCUGCGCGUAGCCAUAAAAAUGAAUAUGCUCUCCGGAGAUAUCCUAUUUAAAGUCCCUUCCCCAUCAUUGAAACAAACGCAGUUGGCGGUGCCCGGGGUGCAAGGUGUACCUGGUGUUACCGGUGACGAAGUGACGGCAUCCGAGAGAUGCUCUAAUCGAGAGGAUUAUGUAUCUACCGGUUCCUUGGCGGGAAGUAUAGCAAGUGCCAGCAGUGGUUUCGGCAGUCUUCCUAAGAAGAGGCCCGCACUCUUCACUUCCGAACUUCUCAGCGGAACGGAAACGUACGAUCCGAUGACUCUCAGCGAAAUCGUACCCUCGGCGGUUCCUGUGGAGACCCUAGUAGAGGCGCACACGGAAUCUGGGCAUUCGCGCAACAGCAGCAAUACGAGUCAACUUAGCAAGGGAUCCGGCUACGGUUCUUUAAAUUCGCACAGUCAGCAUAGCAGACAGAGCAGUAGCGGUGAUAGCGGUCACAUUAGCCUCAAGCAAUCUCUUCAUUCUCAAUUUCUCGACCAUGAAACUCUGGACUCUCUAUCUUUUUUUUAUUUUACGUCACCUUCCUGGCCGGUAUGGGCACCACGAAUCCUCAACUCCUCUCAGAACCUAUCCACACAACCGAUUGCCUAUCGACCUGAUACUUGUAUCGAACCUCUGUCAUUGCAUCCAUCUUCUCUGUCGCACAUAGUCUCCAGAGCCCGAUUCUGGUCGGCAUCUAGCCCUCUCUCCUCUCGUAUUGGUCCAACAGAUGUGGAAGAUCCGAUGAAAAUAGACAUUAUUGCGAAGAACAUUUAUUCGGUCGGAAAGCAGCCACUUUAUGAAAUCGGGAAUGGUUUCUUAAAUGACAGCGAUUCACGCGAAUGUCGCGAUGACGCGAACGCAGACACCCGAGUGGCGCCCGGGCUCUUCAGGGUGCCAGACGUGCCGCGACACUCGCGCAAGAAUUACGAGAGGAACAGCUUUGAGGCGCGUAACGAACGUAACGUGAUAAUGAGCUCGAUCGCUAAGGAGAGUAAUGGGCAACAGAGUAACGUCUUCCCAAUCGCAAAGUCGAGAAUUAAUGCAGGUUGGCGCAGCAUGUCGAAGACUUGUGAUUGUAUCGAAAAGGGCAAAACAAGCCCUGUGUUGCGACUGGUCGAUCAGGCCAGAGCUGUGUCCUCUCCUGAUCCUCUCCAUAGGCCUGACAAUCAAAGAGCCCCACUACGUCCCACGACGACAGCUCAAACCCUCAGGGGUAUUGGCGGAGGUCACCGGAAGUUGCUGGACGGGGCGGGGGGCAAGCUGGCUACGGUCGCCACCAGUCCAGCGGACUCUGAGGAGUCCUCGUUAGGGGUACCGGAAGUCGCGCCACCAAUCUCGCAGCAUCGAAACAGCAUUACCCCACCAAAUCCUUCCGGCGGUUCAGGUCUCAGCGAAACUGGAUCUCUGGAUCGUGCUAAAGCUGCGCUAGAGCGUAGAAAAAAAGCGGAGGAUGGUGCUGGUAAUCCUAUCCUCUGUAGAGUUGAAGUCACUAGGCCGAAUCCUGAUUCUCUUAUCGACGAACUGCUUAAAGCAACGAAUUUGGAGCAGACGGAUCUUGAAAGUUCCGAGACAACUGGUCUUCAACUCUUUAUUGCAAAAGACGGCACGACCGCGCUUGGUAGUCACGAGGUAAAGAGUCAGAUGCCUGCCGGUGUGUUUAAACAAGUGGUAAUGGAAGAGAACAACAGGUAACACGAAGCCAUCACCACGAGACGGCAGUACGCAAGACAGGCCAGCGCCACGUUCUCGUUGGCUCUGGUGCCAGAGCUCGUCUAUGAAGCCUACGAACCGCGGUAGUUACAAGAGAUGACGAUAAUGAUGAACGAGGAAAUCGUCGACUUGGGAGGAGCAGCCAAACGCGAUACGAAGUACAUCCUCGCUAGAUCGUUCUUAGACUGUACUUCUACUCCAUAUAAAAAAAAAUCGCGCCUCUGUAUAGUCGAACUAAUAUUCAUCGAAGUAGUAUGUUUGAGUUGAUUACUUCGUGUGAAAUCCAUUGUAUGGAUUCGCAAGACCGAGGCUGAUAUUAAUCAUCUCAUAAGUGCGCAUUUAAAUGUGAAUAAUCGAACAGUCAUAUACAGCUUGCAAGAUUGUUAAUUGCGUUUUAACACUCGAUCCUCCAAAAUAAUUUUCAUAUGUGGAUUUUGCGUUUUCCAAAAUUCCGUGCAACGAACGAAAUUUAUGUACAGUGUUGCUGUCCAUGACGAACGACCUCAACUGCGUACACAAUUUAAGGACGAUAUCAAAUGAAUACAUGUUUCCGAAACUAUUUCAAAAAGACAGAUAUACGUAUUUUCUUCCUGGUAAACGAAGCAUAAUGAUUUCCGUCAAGCGUGCUUUGCUUAAAAGGAAAGUGUUAGGCUCGGUUCCAUCAAUGUAAGAUUAACUUUAAUCUCUGUUCAAUUUACUCUUUAUCUUUUUCUAAUUCUAAGAAACU